AAGAUACUUUUUGUAAUUUUUUUUGGGGCGUGGUUAAGAAACAAUUUCAUUAUGAGAAUAUUUUGUUCCACACUCAAUAGGCAUUAUUGAAUUUCCUAAAGGGACUGCCAAACUCCUGCUAGUCUACUUGUUCACCUUUAUCGAGGAUGCAGAAGAUUUUAUUUCUUUAUUGUUCUUCACCAUUGAAGUUGUUGCACUUCUGAUUAUUUUUCUUUACAUGUAUUCAAACAUUAGUAAAAUGAUAGUUUUUAUUGUUCAUAAGCUAUAUGAUGUUUGCUGUUAUCUGAUAAUUUCUGUCUGUGUAAAUUUCUUUCUUGGUUUAAAGGGAACAAAAAAAACCCUUGUUUUGAGGGAGAUACCUGAAGAUGGAGUGAAAAAACUGUUGUCUGUCAAAGAGUCUUUAGCUGCUUGUGACAUUGCACUAUUUGUGCAUGACAGCUCCGAUGAGGCCUCAUGGAAGAAAGCAACUGAUUUACUUGUUGAAGUCGCGAGUCACGGUGAGAAUACUGGUUAUGAGGUGCCUUGUUUAAUUGUUGCUGCCAAAGAUGAUCUUGAUUCAUUUCCCUCGGCCAUACAAGAUUCUACGAGGGUGAGCCAGGAUAUGGGUAUAGAAGCUCCAAUACCUAUCAACACAAAAUUGGGUGAUUUCAAUAACGUAUUCCGAAGAAUCGCAUCUGCUGCAGAGCACCCUCAUUUAAGCAUCCCUGAAACUGAGGCGGGCAGAAGUCGCAAGCAGUAUCACAAGCUCAUAAACCGCUCUCUUAUGUUUGUUUCAG